AAAGAUAUAAAGAUAAUAUUUGAAAUCUUGAAGCUACAAGGAAAAGAGUUAGUUAACCAAAUUAAAAGGUGUAUUGGCGUUACCAGUAGUAUUUUCCGACACUUAAUUUUUUUUUCCAUUCAGGAUUAUAGAACAAAUAAGAUUUUAUGUUACGUCGCCUUGAUAUGGUUUGUAGUUUUGGUUAUCGAAAGAACGAUAAACCCGAAGUCACAUUCAAUGUCAAAUUUCGGAAAGCAUGAAAGCAUUUUGCUUUAUAAGUAGGGUAGAUGAUCCAGUUGAUGGUCUGGAAGUUAAACUGUUACGUGAUUAAAUGGACGUUCAAAUGAUAAAAUUAAAUCGGUAAUAUUGGUAUUUGAUUGGAAAAAGUCAAAUUUAUGAUCUCGUUCUUGUCAUUUGGAUAACUCACCUUCGACUCUUUGUUACAACCAACUGCAAUAACUUAACUAAAUUUGCUCACUCUAUCAUUCACGUUGUCUGGUGCGUCUGGACAUUCGCCGAUUAUUACCCAACCUGUGCCGAAGCUCUUAUCAUCAUAAACUUUUACGAACUUCAAUAAAGUAAGAUAAAAAUCAUCACCGUGAGAUGAAUUCCUUUUUUGAAGAUGAUUUCUACUCAUUUUUGCAACAGUCAUUUCGCGGCAUGGUGGUACGAGCUCGAUAAUGGAGUUUAUCACGGAAACAGUCUUACCGGAUUUGACCAUCCAACUUUUAGUGGAAAAUGUCAAUCAAACUAUCGCCAGUGUUGAAUCCGAACUAAGGUUUACCUUGAUUGACUAUGCCUUGUUUGUGCUUCUGUUGGCGAUCUCGGUCUUUAUUGGGUUCUAUUUCGGUUUCCUGUCCAAGAUCAAGCAAAACAAUACCGAAGAGUAUCUACUGGGGGGCAAAUCGAUGCCCAAAUUUCCGGUAGCAGCUUCGUUGAUUGCUACAUCUGUUUCAGGAAUAUCCCUUCUAGGUGUCCCCACGGAUAUUUACGCGUACGGAACUCAGAUAUGGAUGUUCGUGAUAUCAGGCACAGUUGUCGGUUUAGCCAUGCACUACAUCUAUCUGCCGGUAUUCCACGAUAUGCAACUAACCUCGUCUUUCAAAUACCUGGAACUCCGCUUCGACCGAAUCGUCCGGCUGACGGCCAGUUUUGUAUACGCCCUGUCCGCUCUGUUUCUGGUUCCGGUGGUCAUCUACGUCCCGGCCAUGGCAUUCAGUCAGGUUUCCGGCAUGAACAUGCAGUUCAUCACACCGAUCUUGUGUGUGGUUUGUAUGUUCUAUACGACUGUAGGGGGUCUCCGAGCAGUCGUUUGGACCGAUACGGUCCAAUUUCUGCUGAUGUUGUUGGCCAUUUUCGCAAUUGUAACGCUAGGACUGAUUGACAUCGGUGGAUUUUGGGAGGUUUGGGCUCGGGCCGAACGUGGUGGAAGAUUAAUAUUUUUCGAUCUCAACCCUGACCCAACAAUGCGAACUUCAUUCUGGUGUGUGGCAUUUGGAAUGACAACCAAUUGGAUCGCUGUUUUCGGAAUAAACCAAGCCUGUAUUCAACGCUUCCUGGCCGUUCCUUCGCGGAAAGCUGCCAAGAGUUCACUUCAAAUUUACAUAACUGGACUGCUGAUUAUAAACUCCUUGGCAUGCUUCAUGGGGCUGCUGAUGUAUGCUAAGUACGAGUCCUGUGAUCCCGUUACGACCAAACAGGUUCAGAAGCUGGAUCAAGUAAUGCCUUUUUAUGUGAUGGAUUCCGGAAGACAGAUACCCGGAUUGGCUGGUCUCUUCAUCGCUGGAGUAUUUUCGGCCGCACUCUCAACGAUGUCAUCCAGUUUGAACACUUUGGCUGGUACAAUUUACGAAGAUUUCAUCCGACCAUGCCGACCCAAUGCUUCAGAGCGAUCUUCCAGCGCAAUCAUGAAGCUUAUAGUCGUCAUUCUUGGACUCAUCGUGAUGGUUCUGGUUUUCGUAGUCGAAAAACUUGGUUCAAUCGUUCAGAUGGCCGUUUCCUGUACCGGAGUUAUAUCGGGCUCAAUCAUGGGAAUGUUUACCCUAGGCAUGUGCUCUACCCGUGCCACAACCAAAGGUGUCGUUUCAGGAGUAGUGGUCUCCAUUACUUGUAUGAUCACCAUCUGGCUCACGGCUCUCGGUAAACUGAAAUACGACUUCCUACCAUUCCGUAACGAUGGAUGUGACGAAUCUGUCCUAGCAAAGAUGCCAAAGGUAACAACGACCCCAAAACCCACAGAACAGGAACAUGAACUACCCUACCUGGCCCGAAUAAGCUUCAUGUAUUACUCUCUCAUAGGGUUCAUAAUUUUCCUCAUCGUAGCUUACCCGGUGAGUCUCGCUACCGGAAACGGAGAGCAACAGGUGGAUCAACGGUUGUUAACUCCAUUUGCGAGGCAGCGACGACGGAAUAAAACCGAAGAUAACACCCGGCAUCACCUAUCAAACAACAUCAAAUUGGAAAGCCUCGGGAAAAACGUCGACGACGUUGUUGAACAUCACGUGCUGUUGAAUGAUACGUCAAAAAAAGAUAAUGACGAAAUAGUAUCGCGAUAAAACGUGCGAUAAACGGAUUUUAUUGCACGUUUUUCGAGAUAGCUGACCGUAGGCGUAUUAGUUUGGUAAAUAAGUUUCUGUACAUUACAGUCAUAUUAAGACGUUAGCAUAAUAAACAGUUAAAGCUUCAAAUGUUUUAACCGACAACCUGCCAUAAAGAAAGAAAACGUGAUUUUAUAGUCAAUUAUUUCAAUGCAUUGAACAA